GCCACAGGAGGGAGUCCAGGGAACAGGACAGCCACCGUGACGGGCUCGAGCAAAUUUAAUAUGGCUGGACCUAGUGCCUUUUCUGUUUAUGCCCUCCGUUUGGGGCCUGGGGAAGACAUUGUCACCUCUUUGUUAAAAUUUGUAGAAGAUAAGAAGCUAAAAGCUCCAUUUGUCAUGACUUGUGUGGGAAGCAUCACCAAAGCAACGCUGAGACUGGCCAUCGCCACUGCUUCGAAUACUAAUCAGAUUAUUCAUCUAAAUGAGAGGUUUGAAAUCGUCUCCUUGGUGGGAACCCUGAACAAAGCACCUCAUCUCCACAUCUGCCUGUCUGAUAAGGACGGGAAGACUGUUGGAGGGCAUGUUAUAAGUGACUUGGAAGUCUUCACUACAGCUGAGAUAGUGAUCGGCGAAUGCACGGGCCUGCAGUUCACCCGGGAGAUGGAUGAUCGCACAGGUUUCCCAGAACUUGUCAUUAGUUCUUGCUCUGAAAAGGUUUAGUAAUUUCUGCCCUGUAAAUUAUGUGACAUGCCUCAAAAAAAGUGGAUUAAAUAAAUGGGGUUGGAGCAUGCCUUCCUUUCUCUUAGCUUUUAGCUUAUUGAUUCAGACAUAUUUUCACGCAGAGAAUAAUCAAUUCUUCAGUGGGUGGACAGAAUAAAAU